CAUCCAGCCACCGUCAGCAUGUGCCAUGUUAUUGUCACCUGUCGCUCCAUGCUGUGGACUCUGCUGAGUAUUGUUGCCGCGUUCGGAGAGCUCAUUGCCUUCAUGAGCACCGACUGGCUCGUUGGAUUCCCCCGUGCAUCCAAUGCAGUUUUCGGCCCCCAUGGGACCCCCACAGCCGGAGAGGCUUACAGGCCCACUUUAGGCAUUUAUGGUCGCUGUAUAAAACCUCACCUUCAGCGGGGAAUACUGUGCGGACCGUAUGCAGUCCACUUUGGAGAGAUUGCCAGCGGGUUCUGGCAGGCUACUUCUAUCUUCCUGGCUGCAGGGAUCCUGUUGCUGUGUGCUGUGGCGUUCAUUUCCGUCUUCACCAUGUGUUUUCAAAGCAUCAUGAAGAAGAGCAUCUUUAAUGUGUGUGGACUGCUGCAGGGAAUUGCAGGUCUGUUCCUGAUCCUAGGUCUGAUGCUGUACCCUGCUGGCUGGGGUUCAGACAAGGUCCAGCUGUACUGCGGACCAGAUGCGGCGCCGUACCGCGCUGGUCUCUGCUCUAUGGGCUGGGCCUUUUACACCGCCAUGGGUGGCACUGUGCUCACCUUCGUCUGCGCUGUCUUCUCUGCUCAGGCUGAGAUCGCCACCUCCAGCGAUAAGGUUCAGGAGGAGAUCGAGGAGGGCAAGAGCCUGAUCUGCCUCCUGUGAAGCUCAGAUAACACUUAUUGUGCAGGUGGGGGGAGAGAAGAAGGAUGAGGCAGAGAUGUGCCACUUAUGAUCUGGCCCUCUUCUGCCUAUUCAGAAAUAAAAAAGCUGGCCUGUGAAAUUGAGGGCCCAUUCAUUGUUUACCACUAAUACUGACUCUUAUUUUGUCUCAGUUUUCUGUUUGAAGUGGGAGAAACUUAUAAGUGCCAAGUUUGUUUGUUUUUUUUUCUAAGUGUCUGUCUUUGUCUUUCUGCCACUAGAGGUGCUGUGUCUGUUAUUGUAUUCAUUUUAAGCAUGUGGAUGCCCUGCGAGGCAUUGUCUGUUACCACAUGUUCUGUAAAUAAGCGUGAUUAUAUAUAUUUUGUACAUAGUUAUGAUCGCAGAAUGAUGGUCAGCUUGAUCCAGGCUGGGCUGAUGAUGUCACUCUUGCCUUAAAAAAAAAAAAAAAAACUAUGAAAAAAAACUUUAAAAAAAUAAACCUGGAUCUGUUAACUGUCAACAAGGGAACCACUAGUCAGUCAGAAUAAACUGCUCAUAAAAAUAAAUGGCCUUUAGCUCAGAGUGGAUGUUCUUUAGAGCUUACAGAAUGUAAUAUUUUAUUAAUUAAUGUGUUUGUAGACCCUUGAAAUGUAUCGGUGGAAACGAUUCUUCACACGGACUGCACAAGGACAAGCAAAAGGAGGCUCCUCGGUGCAUUUUGUUUGUCAAAUCCUAACAUGAAGUGAGCUUAAUCCUAACCAGUGGCCUGUGAAGUGUCUGGUCCUCCUCAGCAGACAUCCUGUAAUCUGUGCACAUGGACUGAAUGAUGAGGACACAUAAAUAAAUGAAGUAUUGCUGUUGUUAA